GGAGCAUGCUACAGCUGCAAAAUCACAAAUUUUCAAGUGAUAACCCGAAGUUUACAAGCCAAUUCACGCCUUAAGAAAAGAGAGAGGACAUUCCGAUUCAUCAUGAGGCUGUCGUUAAUGCUGCUGAUCACCCAUGGAAAGAGGCAGCGGAAAUUGGGCGGCGGAAAGCCGCAAAGACUGAACAUUUUGAGGAGGGUUGUGACAGGGUUGGUCCGACAUGAGCGAAUCGAGUCCACCUACGCUCAGUGUGAUGAGGCCAAGUUCUAUGCCGAACGGUUGAUUGAUUAUGCCAAACUUGGAAACACCAACGCUGGAGCCAUGAGGAUAGCAGACUACUGGAUCACUGAAAAGGACCUGAUCCCCAAGUUGUUCGAAACUCUAGCACCGCGUUUUGCCGAACACGACGGGCGGUACUGUCGGCUGUACCGUCUCCCCGUAACCACACAGAAUACCCGGGACAUGGCCGUGUUAGAGUACAAGGGGAACCCCUACCCCUCCCUCAGACCUAUCCCUAAGAACCACCCCAACUCUAUAGCAAACAUUCUGGUGGAGGGACUGCGGCAAGACUAUGAGAAGAAGAUGGAGAUAGACAUGAAGGAUCAGCCUGCUGCAUGACCUGGACUAUAAGCUGUUUCACAGAUUAAACUGUGCAUGAACAUUGAGAUGUGUUGUGGGUAAUAUGUCAAAAUGGAAGGCCCCAGUGUGAAAGAUAUAAAGAGAGCACAUAAUCAUCUAAACAUGUAUUAAAUGUGGUUCACACAAGGACUACUUUCAAGUAAGGGGCUUUCACCUUUCACAUCUAGUAAAGUGCAUCUUGCCAAGCAUGCAGUUUGAUCUUUGAACUGGCUUUUUGGGAUAGAACAGGGAACAUGAUGGAGGGUUAGACUGAUUAUAAUAAUUCAGUUAUCUGUCCAUAUGAAAGAAGAAGGGCAAAUUGAAUAUGGUUCAAUUGAAAAUGAUUUCUUAAAUAGAUGUAUUCUUGGUAGAACUUUGUAAUAAUACCAUAUAAAAUGUUCUGUUCUUAUUGAAAUUAACCAUUAUAUUGA